UCGCCUACUUUGGAUAUACAUUUCAAUCGUUUCCUACUAACCAUGAUAACAUUUACAAAUCAUGAUAACGGUUAACUGUGAAAUUUGCCAAUAAAAGAUAUAGACGACUUCCCACGCACUUAAUUUGGCAAUCUUGUUCGGUUCCUCUUCUAACUCGAAGAUUGUAGUUUACUUUCGUUACAACUUCUAUAUUAGUUUAAUGGUCUUUAAUGUACUACCGAAAAGUGACCAGCCUCAAACAAACCCAUCCAUGUGGAGUAUCUAUUUCAGUAAUUUCACGGUGGUCCAUAUACCACAAUAAUAUUUCGCCAAACAAACAAACAAAAUAAAUAAAGUAUAUCAUCCUUGGUUGAAACUAGUGCAAUACCUGAAUCAUGACAAUGCGUGUGUAACAUAAAAUAAGUAAACAAUAUAAAUUGACUGUUAACUGUGACAUUAAUUUCUUAGUCAGUAGGUUUUAGACCCUAUAACCUUGAUGCAUGUAAGAGAACAUUUCUAUGGAUAUUUGAGUGGUCUAUUCUGCUAUAAUUUUGGUCCAGAAAAGUUCUAUAAAAUAUUUCUUUUUUAACUUGUAGUAACGACGCCACCAACGCCUUCGAUGCCUCCUACGACACCUGCUCCUCCAAACCCGUGUGAGCCAAACCCAUGUAAGAACGGAGGCACCUGUGAAGCUCAGGAGGGGAAAUUUACCUGUUCCUGUCCCGAUGGAUACUGGGGAGAACUGUGUGAAGAAAGGGGUCCAAAUGCUGACGAAAGUAAAGACGCAUUGAUGCUAACAAACAUGUACAGAGCUAUGCAUCAGGCUCCACCAGUAACCUGGAACAAGGAGAUAGCUGCUAAAGCACAAGACUGGGCCGACAAAUUAGCCAAAGAACAGAGACUUGUACAUGAGAACGAAAGUUCGACUGAUUACGGCGAAAAUCUGGCUGAGGUAGGAAGUGAAGACAAGGCCCUACUGCGAGCUAUUGAUGCAUGGUAUAAUGAAGUGUCUCUGUACAACUAUGAAGAUCCCAAGUUCUCCACAGACACCGGCCACUAUUCACAGUUGGUUUGGGGUGCCACUAAUGAAAUUGGAAUGGCAAAGGCGAAAACCAGAGACAACACUAACGUGUACGUGGUGGCAAGAUAUAAACCAGCCGGAAACGUUGUUAAUUUGUUUGAAUCAAAUGUAAAACCAAAACAGUAGAAUUUACAGCGCAAAAGGGCAACUUCUUUGAGCCCAGCGAAGUUUUAGAGUUAAUUCAAGAUAAACGUGAAAGAUAGAAUGCACGCGCUUCAAAUAAAGUAACAUUUUUAAGUGUA